AUGUCAGAAAAGAUCACCAGGUUGUCGUCCCGCGGGAACGGCAAGCUGCUAGGCUUCCUGCUCGGUGCCUCGUCAUCCUUUUGCAUCUUUCUCAUUUUCAGCACCAUGACGACGCCGGCGCAUAAAGAUUAUCUGUCCCAAAAACACAGCCGGCCGCCGCCAUCACACGCACAAAAAGUGGACGCCAUCUUCGACGCAGCAGCUAACCGUACACUUGGCCUCGAUUCCAUCUUUUUCCUCAACCUCCCGCACCGCCAUGACCGCUUCGACGCCAUGGCGAUCCAGUCGCACAUCGCUGACAUCCAAGUCACACGUUUCGCUGCCGUGGACGCCUCCACUCUUACCAACCAGGGUAUGCCGCCGAUGCAGAAGACGGACUUUUUACCCAGCGAAAAGGGUUGCUUUCGCGCCCACGCCAAUGUCUGGCAACACAUGUUGGAGAAUAAGAUACCCGCUUCGCUCGUGUUCGAGUCGGAUGCAGGCUUCGAUGCCAAGUUGAGACCCAUCAUGGGCAGGCUCAAUGGGGCUUUCCGGGAGUUACUGAAGAAGGACAACCCCGACGUCGUUUUCGACGAGACCAACACUGACGACCCAUGGCUCUCCCGAUCUGGAACUUGGGAUUACCUCUCCAUCGGCCACUGUCUCGAUACGCGUCUCAAAGACGGCAACUACAUCGUCUAUCACGACCCUGAUUCUUCCGUCAACGGCUUUGACGUCGACGACAUUGAACCCUCGCUCCCGCGCGCACACAAACGUGUCGUCUACCGAGCAGACUCCGUCAUUUGCUUGGCCGGCUACAUAAUCUCGCUCUCAGGCGCGGCCAAGCUCCUGGUACGCAGCAAUUUGAACCUCGACGCACCCAUAGAUGUGUUGAUGGCCGGCAUGAUGCAGGCCGGUGAGCUCAGGACGUAUAGCCAAAGGCAGAUAAUUAUACCCUCGUGGACCUUCAUCCCUGGCAUUGGAAAAUCUGGAUCCAACAGCGAUAUACAUGGCAACGAUGAGGCCGAGAACGGAACCGAAGCCGGCUGGGACCGGGUAAGGAAGGAGAAGUCUGCUGUUGAGCUUCACGCAGGCACUGAUUUGGUUGACUUUGCGCUGGGCAGGGCCUGGCAUCAUGUAAUUGGUAGUGGGCUCAUUUGCUGCGGUCCAUCCCUCAAGUUCUCCAGGAGUCCGUGCGGAAUACAACUCGACAUGGCUCCCCGACUUCUCAGUGGUAUUGUAGGCCGUCUGGUAGGCAUCUCCCUGAUAUUCAUCCACAGCAGGAGCUUGACGGUGAAUGCCCGCCUUGAUCCCUUUGCCACGAAGAUGCCAGCCCACGACGUCACGGCAAAUGCAGGGGUAGAUGCUGUUAUUGACGUCUCCGUCCUCGUGAUGCUCGAAUUUGGGGCGGUAGCUGUGGGUCCCGGUGUAGCAGUCGUCUUCGCGCUGGAAAGCUGGAGACCAAUCGUUGAUGCAAUUGGCCUCGCUUCGGAAUCGAUGCUGUAG